AUGACGACACCCCAAGAGCAGGCCAUCGCCUUCAAGAACGAGGGCAACAAGGCCUUCGCCGCCCACGACUGGCCCAAGGCCAUCGAGUUUUACGACAAGGCCAUCGAGCUCAACGAUAAGGAACCUACUUUCUGGUCCAACAGAGCCCAGGCCCAUCUCAAAACAGAAGCAUACGGAUAUGCUAUUCGCGAUGCCACAAAAGCCAUUGAGCUCAACCCGGGCUUCGUCAAGGCCUACUACCGUCGCGCUACCGCCUACGCCGCCAUCCUGAACCCCAAGGAAGCCGUCAAGGAUUUCAAGACUUGCGUCAAGAUUGCCCCCGAUAACAAGGAUGCCAAGCUCAAGCUUGUCGAGUGCGAAAAGAUUGUGCGCCAGCUCGCCUUCUUCGCCGCUAUCGAAGUCGGGGAUGAGCUGUCUGCUGCUGAGGGCCUCGAUGUCGAGUCCAUGGCAGUGGAUGCUUCUUACGACGGCGUGCGCCUUGAAAAGAACGAGAUGACACAGGAGUUUAUCGACGACAUGAUUGAGCGCUUCAAGCGCGGCAAACUGAUCCACAAGAAAUACGUUUACCAAAUCAUCAUCGCCGUCAGGAACAUUGUAUAUAACGAGCCCACCAUGGUUGAGGUGGACAUCCCCGAGGAUGUGCAGUUGACAGUUUGCGGUGAUACCCACGGCCAAUAUUUUGAUCUGAUGGAGCUCUUCAGGUUGAACGGUUUCCCUAGCGAUAAGCAUUACUACUUGUUUAACGGCGACUUCGUUGACAGAGGUUCCUGGUCGACCGAAAUUGCCCUCCUCCUUUAUGCCUACAAGUGGUUAAGGCCAAACGGCUUCUUCAUCAACCGCGGAAACCACGAGACAGACGACAUGAACAGGGUGUAUGGCUUCGAGGGCGAGUGCAAGCACAAGUACAACGAGAGAACCUACAAGCUCUUUUCGGAAAGUUUCUCGGCCCUCCCGCUCGCCACGUUGAUUGGCAAGAAGUUCCUCGUCCUCCACGGCGGUCUCUUCUCGGACGACAACGUCACGCUCGACGACAUCCGCAAGCUCGACCGUCACAAGCAGAAGCAGCCCGGUCAGGCUGGUCUCAUGAUGGAGAUGCUCUGGACAGAUCCCCAGCCGUUCCCUGGUCGCGGCCCCAGCAAGCGCGGUGUUGGCAUGCAGUUCGGUCCCGACGUUACCAAGCGUUUCUGCGACAAGAACGGUUUGGAGGCCAUCAUCCGCAGUCACGAGGUUCGCAUGGACGGUUACGAGGAGGAGCACGACGGAAAGUGCAUCACCGUUUUCUCGGCGCCCAAGUACUGCGACAUGACGGAGAACAAGGGCGCCUACAUCAACAUUGGUCCCGAUUACAAGUUGAAGUUCUCGCAGUUCGAUGCCGUGCCGCAUCCCAAUAUUAAGCCCAUGGCAUAUGCGCAAAGCUCCGUCAUGUCGUCGCUGAUGUAA